AGAAAAUUUCCAUGUCGUCGACGCGUUUUACAAAAUCCGUCGCUGGCUGGCUAACUCGUUUCUGGUUCAAAAUUGAGUUCCAUGCGUGAGUGGGUAUAGGGUUUUGUGGCUUCAAAACCUUUUUCCGUUUAUAUUCCCGCGCUCAAGCAUCAAGAGGUUUAAGCUCCAGUUUACUCUGAUUAUACAGCGAUUCUGCGGUGCAGAAACUACGCCGUUUUUGCACUCAAAAUGGAAGUUGAAAUGGAGACUUCUCCUAGCUAUUUCGAUCCCGAAGAUCUCACUUCCAGAGAACAGUUUCGCCGUUAUGGGAAAAGGCACUCAACUUCAAGUGUAUCGCCCCAUAAAGACAUUUCAGUGUCCAAGUUCAAGGAGUCUAGACUACUAUACGAGGGGCAGAGUAUCCACAGUCCGACAAAUGCUGCACUUCUUCUUGAGAAUAUCAAACAAGAGACUGAUAGCAUUGGGUAUACUGAUCACUUUGGGGGUACACCUGCAAGGACACAUUCUACUUUUAAAAGGAGAUCGUCCAUUGAUAGUUACGGAAUUUCAGAGGUUGAUCUGGGUGCUGAUUCCGUAAGAAGACAUGGAAGUGAAUCACUUAAGGCUUGCAAAAUUGAGGAUGAUUCAUUGACAGAUAUUGGAGAGACAAUUUUUGGUCUAUUUGCUUCUCUUCUUGAUUCAGCUAUUCAAGGGUUGAUGCCUAUUCCUGAUUUGAUUUUAAGAUUUGAGAAAUCAUGCAGGGACGUUUCGGAGUCUAUUAGGUAUGGGCCCAAAAUACGACAUCGAGUUGUAGAGGACAAAUUGAUGAGGCAGAAGGCUCAGCUUCUGCUCGAUGAGGCUGCUUCCUGGUCUCUUCUUUGGUAUUUAUAUGGGAAAGUGACAGAGGAACCCCCUGAAGAGCUUAUUGUGUCACCUUCAACAUCACAUUUGGAGGCUUGCCAGUUUGUUGUGAAUGAUCAUAAAGCACAGUUAUGCCUCCGGAUAGUUCAGUGGCUUGAAGGUUUAGCCUCAAAAGCCCUUGAUUUGGAAAGCAAGGUGCGAGGAUCUCAUGUUGGUACUUAUCUUCCCAAUUCCGGAAUUUGGCACCAUACUCAAAGACUUCUGAAGAAAGGUGCCUCCAAUACAAAUACCGUUCACCACUUGGAUUUUGAUGCCCCAACACGCGAGCAUGCUCAUCAGCUACCGGAUGAUAAAAAGCAAGAUGAGUCUCUUCUGGAGGAUGUCUGGACUCUUUUAAGGGCAGGAAGACUGGAGGAGGCAUGUGACCUUUGCCGCUCUGCUGGACAGCCGUGGAGAGCUGCAACAUUGUGUCCCUUUGGUGGGUUGGACCUAGCUCCUUCCAUUGAAGCCCUGGUGAAGAAUGGGAAGAAUAGAACCCUGCAAGCCAUUGAAUUAGAAAGUGGCAUUGGUCAGCAAUGGCGUCUAUGGAAAUGGGCUUCCUUUUGUGCAUCAGAGAAAAUUGCAGAGCAAAAUGGUGGAAAAUAUGAAGUCGCUGUGUAUGCAUCACAAUGCAGUGAUUUAAAGCGCAUGCUUCCAAUCUGCACAGACUGGGAGUCAGCAUGCUGGGCAAUGGCAAAGUCUUGGCUUGAUGUUCAGGUGGAUUUAGAGCUAGCUCGCUCACAACCUGGGAGAAUAGAACAGCUUAAAAGCUAUGGAGAUGAUAUUGAUGGAAGCCCUGGACAAAUUGAUAGUGCAUCUCACCCUUCCAUUGGACCAGAAGGUUGGCCACUCCACGUUCUGAAUCAGCAACCACGAGACUUUUCUGCUCUUCUUCAGAAACUUCACUCAGGAGAAACGAUAAAUGAAGCUGUUGCUCGAGGGUGCAAGGAACAGCAACGGCAAAUUGAGAUGGAUCUUAUGUUGGGUAACAUACCGCACCUGCUGGAUAUGAUCUGGGCAUGGAUCACACCUUCAGAGGAUGAUCAAAAUGUCUUCAGGCCUCAUGGUGAUCCUCAAAUGAUCCGCUUUGGUGCUCACCUAGUGCUUGUACUUAGAUAUUUACUUGCUGAGGAAAUGAAGGAUUCUUUUAGGGAGAAGCUUAUGAAUGUUGGAGACCUUAUUCUACAUAUGUAUGUGAUGUUUCUUUUCUCAAAGCAACAUGAAGAAUUAGUUGGAAUUUAUGCUUCUCAGCUGGCACGUCACCGCUGCAUUGACCUUUUUGUGCACAUGAUGGAACUGCGGCUAAAUAGCAGUGUGCAUAUCAAGUAUAAAAUUUUUCUUUCUGCUAUGGAGUAUUUGCCAUUUUCUUCGGAGGUUGAUUCAAAAGGCAGUUUUGAAGAAAUCAUUGAGAGGGUUCUAUCAAGAUCGCGGGAAAUCAGAGUUGGAAAAUAUGACAAGUCAUCAGAUGUUGCAGAGCAGUUCCGUUUGCAGAGUCUUCAGAAAGCUAUGGUGAUCCAAUGGCUUUGCUUCACACCACCCUCCACAAUUACUAAUGUUAAAGAUGUCAGUGUCAAACUUCUUCUGCGGGCCUUAAUGCAUAGCAACAUACUGUUCAGAGAAUUUUCGCUGAUUUCUAUGUGGAGAAUACCGGCAAUGCCAAUAGGCGCACAUACAUUGCUUAGUUUACUUGCUGAGCCAUUGAAGCAGCUUUCAGAAAUACCUGAUACCCUUGAGGAUUAUUUUUCUGAAAAUCUGAAAGAGUUUCAAGAUUGGAGCGAGUACUACUCCUGUGAUGCAACAUAUCGCAACUGGCUCAAAAUUGAAUUAGAGAACGCAGAGGUUCCACCCUUUGAACUCUCCAUGGAGGAAAAAAAAGCCAUUACAGCAGCCAAGGAAACAUUGAAUUCAUCUUUGUCAUUGCUAUUAAGGAAAGAAAACCCUUGGUUGACUCCUGUUGAAGAUCAAGCAUAUGAGUCAGCAGCACCUACAUUUCUCGAACUGCAUGCUACUGCUAUGCUCUGCCUGCCUUCUGGUGAAUGUAUGUGCCCAGAUGCCACCAUUUGUACUGCAUUAAUGAGUGCCCUGUACUCUUCAGUGAGUGAAGAGAUUGUGUUACACCGCCAAUUAAUGGUGAAUGUUGCCCUUUCACCAAGGGAUAAUUACUGCAUUGAAGUUGUUCUUCGCUGUUUGGCAGUAGAUGGUGAUGGCCUUGGGUCACACCAAGCUAAUGAUGGUGGUAUUCUUGGUACCGUCAUGGCAGCUGGAUUUAAAGGGGAGCUUGUUCGGUUUCAAGCGGGAGUUACAAUGGAAAUAUCCAGAUUAGAUGCUUGGUAUUCAAGUGCAGAUGGUUCUUUGGAAGACCCAGCAACUUAUAUUGUACGGGGUCUUUGUCGCAGGUGUUGCCUCCCUGAAGUCAUUCUUCGGUGUAUGCAGGUAUCUGUUUCACUAAUGGAGUCGGGCAAUCCACCAGAAAAACAUGAUGAGUUGAUUGAACUUGUUGCUUGCCCAGAUACUGGGUUUCUCCAUUUGUUUAGUCAGCAACAACUGCAGGAAUUUCUAUUGUUUGAGAGAGAAUAUUCAAUAUGCAAAAUGGAGCUUGAAGAGGGACUCUCAUUUUGAUCAUUUGCACCGUGAAAUUCUUCAUUGGAGCAGUACUUUUGUGCUUACAACAAGAUGAGUUCAAUAGGAUUUUUCUCUCUAUGUUGCACAGCAUUUGCAGAUGGAACACCUCAAAUUUCACUGGCCAUUCCCGUGCAAAAUCUUCUGAGUUGCCGAAUAGCUGGGUUUCUUUUGGUGCCAUCACAUUUUAGUUCAGCGACGGUCCACUUAGCUCUACUUCCCAGUUUUCUUGACGUCGAGGCAUAUUUUGUAGCUGUUGUGUGAGCAAUUUUUGUAUUUUUGUAUUUUUUUUUAUAAAUAGCAUCUGCCCUCUGGUCUAUGCACUGACCAUUACUUAUUCCUGUAAUCUUUUAAUUGUCCGUUAAAAUGGUACAACAUAAGAAAUCAGUUACUCCAAUCUAAUAGAGAUGCCAUUAAUUGGUAUAGAAAACCAAAAUCAGUUAAUAA